AUGCUGCGCCUACUCGCUUCUGCUUUUUUCAUUUUCAUUGUGAGCAACGUUUGUUCCGGUGCCGAUUGGAAUCCAUCAAGGUUUUCUUACGAUCCUGGUCCUGAUUAUGAAUUGGUUUGGCAAGAUGAAUUUGAAAAUGUAGGUUCUGUCAAAGGAAUCAUCAAUGAAGCACCUGUCUAUGCACCCAAUCCGAAAAAUUGGGUUCUAAAAACCGGUAAUAUCAAUGGAGGCUUACAAAAUUAUACAAACUUAAUUGAAAAUGCAUAUGUACAAAAUGGUCAAUUGAUGAUAGUAGCAAUGAAAGAAGGAUACUCGUCAGCUAUGCUUUCAAGUGUUUAUCUUCAACAAUUUACUUUUGGAAAAUUUGCAGCUAAAAUUCGUUUACCUUACUCAAAAGGUAUAUGGCCGGCCUGGUGGUUAGUAGGCAAUGCUUGGGAUAAAUACAAACUUUAUUGGCCGACAGUAGGGGAGAUUGAUAUUUUGGAAAUGGUUGGAGGUAGCGUAUGGGGACAGCCAGGUGAUCAGAUUGCACAUGGAACCGUUCAUUGGAACAAUGCAUCAAAUGAGAUGAGCCCUUUAUAUCAUGCUGUCAAUGGUCAAAUGUUCAAAACACCCGACGGCUCAAAGCUCCACAAUAAUAGUCUUGUCUAUUGGAGUGAAUGGACUCCAACCAAUAUUAGUAUCGGUAUCAAUGAAUUUAUUUACUUCCAGUUCAAUACGACAAAUAUUCCUGGAUCAAUUAAUCUAGUAAAUGCUUUCAAUGGAAUGUGGUCUUAUUACAUGAUCCUGAAUAUAGCAAUUGGUGGAUCAUGGCCUGGUUCACCUGAUAAUUCAACUGUUUGGCCACAACAAAUGAUUGUUGAUUGGGUGCGAGUCGAUCAACUAAAGAAAUAG